CGAAAAAUUGGCAAUGGUGAUGACGAUAAUAAUGGUGAUAACUGUGAUGACAAUGAUGAGGAUAUUGCUGAAAUUUGUCAUGAGCAAGCAGCUCCAGAUAUAUCGACAGUGGAAAAAGAAAACGCUCGAAAAGCUGCAUGGUUUCAACGGAUUGGUGAAGUACGUUCAGCUAUUGGAAAAGAAAAUGUGAAAGAAAAUGAGCAAAAACAGGAUGCCGAAGUUGAUUCCAGCGCGCAGAAAAGUUUCCCUUUCGACGACGACGAGAGUGAUGAGGAAUAUCAUGAUGUUGAUGAUGAGGACGAUGAACAAGUUGCCACUUCUAAAAUAAAAAAAGAAAAGGUGCAAAAACUAUCGCCUGAAUUGCUUGCACUCGGCGAACAAUUAAUAUAUUCAUCGAAAACAAGACGAGACUUGGAAGAUUGGGCAUGGAACAGGUAUACAAGUAACGAUGAUGGACUUCCUGAUUGGUUCGUUGAGGAUGAGAAAAAGCACUUCAGGAAGGAGCUUCCCGUAACAAAAGUAUACUUUUUGAAAUAA